CAGUUUUCAUUUUGAGAACCAGAACAAACCUAUCAAAGUCAAAUCACUGAAGAGAGAAGUGAUGCAUGUUGAUUUUAAAAAAAUCUUUAAUUUUUAGUUACAAUAUUGUUAUAAAAAAUCAAUCAUGGGUAUUUUAGAGAAAAUCUCAGAAGUAGAAAAGGAAAUAUCUAGGACGCAAAAAAAUAAAGCUACCGAAUAUCAUUUGGGACUGCUGAAAGCAAAACUCGCAAAAUAUAGAUCGCAGCUGUUAGAACCAUCAAAAAAAUCGGAAAAGGGCGAAGGAUUUGAUGUAUUAAAAAGCGGUGAUGCGAGAGUAGCACUUAUAGGGUUUCCAUCUGUAGGAAAAUCUACGUUGCUAUCAACGUUAACGAAAACUGAAAGUGAAGCUGCAUCUUAUGAAUUUACAACUCUUACUUGCAUACCAGGUGUCAUAGACUAUAAUGGAGCCAAUAUUCAACUUUUAGAUUUGCCUGGAAUUAUAGAAGGAGCUGCUCAAGGAAAAGGAAGAGGUCGACAAGUUAUAGCAGUAGCAAGAACAGCUGAUUUGGUCCUUAUGAUGUUAGACGCUACCAAAAAAGAUGUCCAUAGGGAUUUGUUAGAGAAAGAAUUGGAAAGUGUGGGGAUCAGACUCAACAAACAAAAGCCCAAUAUUUACUUUAAAAUAAAGAAAGGUGGAGGUAUUUCCUUUAACUCUACUUGUCCCCUUACCAACAUAGAUGAGAAAUUGGUGCAGCUGAUUCUUCAUGAGUAUAAAAUUUUCAAUGCAGAAGUCUUGUUUAGGGAGGACUGCAAUGCUGAUGAACUGAUAGAUGUGAUUUGUGCCAACCGAGUUUAUUUGCCUUGUCUGUAUGUCUAUAAUAAAAUAGAUCAGAUAACUAUUGAAGAAGUUGAUAGAAUAGCAAGGACACCAAACAGUAUAGUAGUAAGUUGUAAUAUGAAACUAAAUCUAGACUAUCUCUUAUCCACCCUAUGGGAGUAUCUCAGCUUGAUCAGGGUCUACACAAAGAAACCUGGUCAGCCUCCAGACUUUAGUGAUGGAUUAAUUUUAAGGAGGGGCGUCACAGUCGAACACGUUUGUCACGCCAUACAUAGAACUUUAGCGGAGCAAUUCAAAUAUGCCUUGGUGUGGGGUACCAGCACAAAGUAUUCGCCACAGCGUGUGGGUACUAGUCACACCAUGCAUGACGAGGAUGUUAUACAAGUUGUUAAAAAAUGAAAUGCUUUUUCUAUUGUUUGGUUAUUAAUAUUAAAUUGCAUUUUUUAAAGAUG